AUGAUCGUCGUACACCACUUUGCUGAUGCUCCUCCUGGACGAGGCAGCCCUGCCUUGGCUGUUGCAGCUGCCUCCUGCGCCUCCUCCUCCCCCUGCUCCUGCCGCCCCGGCCCUGCCCCUGCCCUUACCGCCGCUGCCUCCCCCACCGGGGGGAGCCGCCGCGACGGGGCGGCCCCGCGACCCCCGAACCCGACACCGGCACCAAACCCGGACCGGAUCCGACCCCGGUACCAACAUCGACCCGACAGCGGCUCCGGAUUCGACCCCGGCACCGAACGCCGGCGCCGGCAUCGGCACCGACCCCUUCCCGAAUCCGAACCCGGCACCGGCCGCGAGGACCGGCACCAUUCCUCGCCCCGUUAUGCUCCGCUUAUCUCUUUCCCCUCCGCCGGCAGCUGGCUCCCCUCCCCUCCCGCCUUAGCUCACGGUCCCGACACCGCCGCUCCCUUAGCCGGCCUUGUCCCCGGACUCACCUUCUCCCCACAGAGCUCGAGGGAGCCCACGGGCCCGUCCGGAAAAGCUCUGAGCGAGAUCGAGACAACUUCAGGACUUCAGAGAGACACAAGUCUUACCACUGGAAAAUCAGUCUGUUUACAUGUUCAUUUCUUUCAAUCUCCUGCUUCUGAGCAAGGUAAAACCCAACACUGGUCAUGGCACAAACAUGGCAGCAACAUGUCCAAUGUGUCAUUUAAUUUGUAUUUUUCAAUAGGAAUUUUUGAAGUCCUUUUGUUCAUUAACUUGUUGCUCAGGCCGAGCACUUCAUUAGACCCACAAACCUCCUACAGCAUCAAGCACACAACACUGGCAGCAGGGUUUAGCCCAAUUUGCACUCUAUAUCUAGCUUUUUAUCUGCAGCUAUUUUAUAUUCAGUGUUGCAGCUGCACAGGCUCAAAGCCCUGGUCUAAGCACAGGAUGAUACACACAGCGGCAGCCAACAUUGCCUAACCCCAUUUACACCUUUCUACUCAAUUUGUAUUCUGAACCUUUCCAAGUUACCUUUAGAUUGCUUAUGUCAGGCUGAUUUUUGCUACCUCUUAACAAGGUUGCAGAGGAUUGUGGUAACUCUUUAAAUACAUGAAUACACAGACACACAUUUUCCAUUAUCUCCUUCUGGUAUCAUGGGAAAAAGCACCUGUGCAUUCUGCCAUCUAUACACUGAGAAUCUAGCAGAGGUGCCUAGUGUACCUACUGCACCAAUCAUACAGCCUGCAGCAUUGUGAGAGCAUUAUCACCUCCAAAAUACUGUGGGUUUUGUGUAUGUGUGGUAAUCAAAGGUGCUGAGAAUCAUGUGCUUCUGAACUGUGAACCAGAGUAUCUGGUCUCUUAAUUGCAUCCCUUAUCAAUUGGUGAUGUGGAAGUGCUUAAUGAAUCGGACUUAAUAAUUUUAAUUUUAUAGGUGGAGAAACAGGCACACAGAGAUGUAUGUUACCUUCAGGGACAGAAUAUAAAUUAGUCCUUUCCAAGACACAGCUCAGUACAGAGAAAUCAACCCCAACCCCAAAAUAUGUCCAUUCCACUCAGAGUAGAACAUACUGACUUGGAACUUGGAGUUCCUAUUUGGAGUCUGCUGGUAGAGUUAAAUGAGCAUAUUUGUAAGUGAAUUGAAUACAGCAGGAAGAGGAAUUUUUGGGUGGAGGCCCUACCCUGCUUCCAUCCUUAGGACAGAUGGAGAAAAAGCCUCCUUUCACAAGGCACUUUGGAGAAGAUGAAUAGCCCAGUUGUUCCAAGAUGUCGUCUGGGUGGGUUCCUUUCUCCAAGUAUAAGGGAAAGAACUUAACCUACAGCUCAAUGGCAUUCAGCAGGAGUGAGUAUAUGCUCUUGCUCAAAUUAUUGAGAUGCUUUUGUCCAGUCCUUCGCUCCAAACUAUUUCAUAACUUGUGUUUGGAAUAGCAUUCAGGUGUUAAGCUCUCAAUUUAGCUCCACAAACAGUUUUCGAAGACACCACAGCACGCUGCGUAACAUUACACUAGAGCUCAGCAGCAGACUGGAAGUCAGGUGUAAGAAGGAAGAGCUUACAUGACUUUUGCUGAGGUAAUUCAAUGUAGUUCCAAUUGCUGUUUUAUUUAGAUGAUGAAAACCAAAGUAUAUCAAUAUACCGAUAUGCUGAAUUCUACUAAUAUUCAAGCACAUCAUUAGUAAAAAUAAAUAAAAAUAACAUUG